GGAAUGAUUGGGUUUGGAUGUUUCGUGGUUAAGGUGCCUACCAUUGUAUUUGUACGGUCUAGAUUUCGCGAAACAAUAGUGUAACGACAGAUUAUUUGAAUAAGAAGUCGAUCAUUGGAGCGCAAAAAAAUCAGAGAAAGAAAUGAAAAGGACGCAACCGUUGCGUUUGGGGGUGGCUAUUUAAACCCAGAGAACGCCCUUUGCUUCCUCCCCUCGCUCUCCCUCCACCAAUAAUCAAAUUAUUGCUCCUUUCUUCUUUCUCGAUCGUUAUAUCAGACCUAGAUAGAAGAUGGCUUAUGAAGAGCGAUUUGGGCAAGUGGAGAGGCCUACAUAUGAUUGCCUUCUAUUUGAUCUGGAUGAUACACUUUAUCCCCUCAGUUCUGGAUUAGCAGCAGCAUGCGGAAAGAAUAUUACAGAUUACAUGGUUGAGAAACUUGGCAUAGAACCGAGCAUAACUCAACAGUUGGGGAACUUGCUGUAUAAGAAUUAUGGUACUACAAUGGCAGGUCUUAGGGCAAUUGGCUAUGAUUUCGACUACGAUGAAUAUCACAGCUUUGUACACGGGAGACUGCCAUAUGAAAAUUUGAAGCCCGAUCCUGUUCUUCGAAGUCUUCUCUUUACACUGCCUUACCGGAAAGUUAUUUUCACGAAUGCUGACAAGGUCCAUGCCCUCAAAGCGCUUAGGAUCCUUGGACUUGAGGACUGCUUUGAGGGAAUCAUAUGCUUCGAGACAUUGAAUCCCGAUCCAUGCAAAACGCAUGUGCCUGAUGAUGAUGAAGAUGACAGAUCAGAGAUAUUUGAUAUAAUUGGGCAUUUCUCUCAACCAGAUAAUGGUGUUCGGUUGGCGCCAUUGCCCAAGACACCAGUGUUGUGCAAGCCGUCUGAGGCUGCCAUUGAAAAAGCUCUUCAAAUAGCUAAUAUUGACCCGUACAGAACUCUGUUCUUUGAAGACAGCGUCCGGAACAUACAAGCAGGAAAGUGUGUAGGCCUUCACACUGUUCUGGUUGGGAAACCUCAGAGAGUGCAGGGUGCAGAUUAUGUGUUGGAAAGUAUCCAUAACAUGAAGGAAGCAUUGCCACAACUCUGGGAAAGUGACAAAGUUGCGCAAGUUAAUUACUCCGGCACUGCUGUUCCAACAUCUGUCACUGCUUAAUUAGGUUAGGUUGCUGUCAAUGCCAAUGCAUUGUUUGACGAACCAUGCGGGAGGAAGAUGGUUUCUUCGGCCUCGAUUGUGACAUAAUUGUACAUGUGUUCUUGUAGUUUAAUUAAAUAAGAAUGCUCCUGCUGUAUUAUUCGGAGUAACAUAUUAAUAAAUCAAUAAUGCAUUUAUUCAUUCAGAUCACUAGUCUGAGUAAUUAAUUACCUUAUUUAAUAUCAUAGGGGUAAUUAAUAUGAUGAGUCACCUUCU